AUGGGGAACCCGCCGCACGGGAGUAAGAAGUACUACGAGAAACUCCAGGCGAACAAGGAGCGCUUGGCCACCAAAAGGGCGGUGAACUUCUUGAAAAAGCCCGAGAUCAAGAAGGCGGUGCAGAAGGCUGCGCGCAGCAACCAGCGCUACAGGAACCUCUACGGACAGACGACCAGGGCUGACCACUGGAUGACGGAGUACAACAAGCUCUACUACAAGCACGAGGCCCCGCUCCGAGGAGCGGGGCGCGCGGGGGCGGAGCCGCGGCAGGGCGCGGGCCUCGCGCAGGUCCGCGAGCAGCGGCAGGGACUCGCGGCGAAGGCGCGGCGGGCGCUCGCGCUCGAGACCAAAAAGGACGCCCCCUUCAUGCUUGUGCCCCCUCCCCCUCCUGCUCAUCCUCCUCCCCUCCUCCUCCCCUCCUCCCACGGUCACGGUCCCCCGCCGUGGCGUGCGUGGGGGCGGGCUGUCCCCGAGGGAGUGGUGCCCCUCGGGUGGCUGAUCGAG